AUGGUUUGCAUCGCUCCGAGCGGAGCAUGCGGGCUGCGUGCAGCAUGGUUUUUGCAGCGAGAGAUACUAUCAGUGUCAACGCAGGUUUUCUGGAAAGAGCAGGAUGGAACCUUCUACGGAAGCUUCUACGGUGGCCUGGUCCAUGCCAAGUGGACCUACAUUUUUGGACUCGUUCACUAUUCCGUCCGGAUCUCCCGACCCAUCUCCAAGUUGGGUCAAGACCUCCACACUGCUGCCUUGGAUGGUGAUCUUCCACUAACAAGGAAGCUGCUGAAGCCGGACCAGAACGGGCAGGUUCUAGAUGUCAAUGCGACGGCGAAGGAUGGGCGCGGGAUGACGUGCCUCGGACGCAUCUUCGAAGCUGAAUGUAGCAUGAAAAACAGCUAG